CUUUAUCACCUCGCGGAUGUGUGACGUUGUGACACGCCAAACCCACGUGUGGCAGUGUGUUUAUCCUGUUAGCAGUCUGGUGCAGUUAGACAUCUGAUUUCAGUAAUCUGAGUACAACUUCAUACCACCAUGUCAGGAGAUCAACUGAAGCUUGGAGAGAAGGUUAUAGAAGGCAAGACAAAGAUUGUUACAAAUCUGGUAGAUUUCCCCAAUCAGGUCUUGCUUCAGUCGAAGGAUCGGAUCACUGCUGGAGAUGGGGCACGUGCUCACGAUAUGGAGGGCAAGGCUGCAAUCUCCACGGCAACCACUGUGGCCCUGUUUAAUCUGCUGAAUAGUGCUGGUAUCAAGACUCACUUCAUUAAACAGAACAAUGACACGUCUUUCAUCGCAUACAAAUGUAGCAUGAUACCAAUUGAGUGGGUCACUCGCCGUGUUGCUACGGGGUCGUUCCUCAAGAGGAAUGUUGGCGUGAAGGAGGGUUACAAGUUCUGCCCCCCUAAACUAGAGACAUUCUUUAAGGAUGAUGAGAACCACGACCCACAGUGGUCUUACGAACAGUGUCUGGCUGCCAACAUGGAGGUGGGAGGUAUGAAGAUAGGGCGUGACGAAAUAGAUAUAAUGGGCAAGACAACCGUUGCCAUCUUUGAGAUCUUGGAGAGAUGCUGGGCUUCACUGGACUGCAGUCUGAUUGAUAUGAAGAUAGAGUUUGGUGUGAGGGCCGACACAGGUGAGCUUGUUCUCGGCGAUGUGAUCGACAGUGACUCGUGGCGACUCUGGCCUGCUGGAGACCGUCGCCUGAUGAAGGACAAGCAGGUUUACCGGGAACUCAAGGAGGUCACCCAAGAGCUGGACAUGGUCAAGAGGAAUUUCCAGUGGGUGGCUGAGCGAGUCGAGAAACUGACACCCAAGCCCCAUGCACGUGCCAUAGUUAUCAUGGGUUCCCCAACUGACAGUGCAUUCGCGGAGAAAAUCAAGACAACCUGUGCUGCUUACGGAGUGCCAUGUGAGAUGAGAGUGUCGUCUGCCCACAAGUCAACAGAUGAGGUGCUUCAGAUCCUAGCUGACUAUGAAGGAGAGGGUAUUCCGACUGUAUUUGUGGCCGUAGCAGGGAGGAGCAAUGGCCUCGGACCAGUGCUGUCUGCCAACUCUACAUGGCCGGUGAUUAACUGUCCCCCAGUCACUGGGGAAUGGGGAUCACAGGACAUCUGGUCAUCGCUACGGUUACCAUCAGGCCUUGGAUGUGGAACAGUCCUAUCUCCUGAAGCUGCUGGUCUCAACGCUGCUCAAAUUCUUUCCUUGUCGGAUCACAUGAUCUGGAGCAAGUUACGUGCAAAAAAGCUCAACACAUGGGUCUCACUGAAAGCAGCUGAUCGCAAAGCGAGAGAUGACAAGUAAUCACAAAGUAUAGUGAUGGAUUUAAUCGCUGGAAGUCCUGAUCAAAAUGUUGUUUUGAGUUUGUUUGUCUGACAUGUUACAUAUUCAUCAUGGGGUCCAAGAGGAGACAACCCAUAUUCAAACAAAUAAAAAAACAGAAAAUAGUUUCAUAUACAUGUACCAUUAACCUAGAUGAAUUUAGAUCACUCACAUAUAGUCUUCACAUGAUACUGUUUUUCCUAUACCCUGCACAUGUUUAUGUUGUGUAUCUGAAAAUGUUUUUGUUUUGAUUUGUUAAUGAGGUCUUGUUACCGUGGUUUCAUGACAAAACAUUUUUGUGUAAGUUUGAUAUGUUGAUUUGACUGCCAUUACAAUGCAUCGUGUAUUUCUGAAUGAGAUUAUUUUUUCUAUGCGGUCAUGUAUCAAUUGUCAUGUUAAUGCACUCAUCACAGCUUUUC